AGCUCCCCUCUCGGAAAAGAAAAAUCAGAGAAAGCACACGCAAGAGUAGUUUCGCCUCGCCACCAUGCCUGCCAUGGCCAAGCCCGCCUCCCGCGCCGCCAAGCCCGCGUCGGCGCCGAAGCCGAAGGCGAAGCCGGCCGCCGCCGCCGCCGGUGGCCCCUCGCACCCGCCCUACUUCGAGAUGAUUAAGGAGGCGAUCGCGGCGCUGAAGGAGAGGACCGGCUCGAGCGCGCACGCCAUCGCCAAGCACAUGGAGGACAAGCACGGCGUGUCGCUGCCGGCCAACUACAAGAAGAUGCUCUCCAUCCAGCUGCGCGGGUUCGCCGCCAAGGGCAAGCUCGUCAAGGUCAAGGCCUCCUACAAGCUCUCCGACGCCGCCAAGAAGGACUCGCCCAAGGCCAAGCCCGCCGCCGCCCCCAGGCCCGCCAAGGACGCCGCCAAGCCCAAGAAGCCCGCCGCCAAGCCCAAGAAGGCCCCCGCGGCCGCCGCCGCCGGCUCCAAGCGCAAGGCGCCGGAGAAGAAGGUGGUCGCCAAGCCCAAGAAGUCCCCGGCGGCGAAGCUCAAGGCCAAGCCAAAGACCGUCCGGUCUCCGGCCGCCAAGAAGGCCCGCAAGGUCGCCGCUGCCUGAGCCGGGCUGAUGAGCUAUAUCUAGGUCCCCUCUUGGUGUUUUAGGAUCUGUACAAAGGGUGUGUGUCCUCCAUGUCUCUCCUAAUUAGAUCGAGUUCUUGGGUAGGCGAAGUUCUAUGUAUCCCCUGAUGAUGUAGUGUAAGAAAUGGUAUGAGGCUUGUGGAGGUGGAGAUGUCUUCAUCUAACUUACUCCUAUAUGAAAUGAACUUUGCAGUUUCCUCGAUGUUCGUCUU